GCUACCAUUCUUUAGUAUCGCAAAACCUUUAACAGAUGACUUACGUUUCCAAGUGAACGAUAUGUAUUUAUUACGAUACUAGGCAAAAAACUUUUAAAAACAUGUGGGUGGAUGUAAGCGGUCGUGAAAGGCAAAACUACACAACACAAACGAACGGUUCUUUCAUACCUGGGUACACUGGCCACUGUCCCCUGCUGAAAUUCCGUUACGGAAAGUGCUAUGGUGACAACACCAGACAGAUCUUAAGAGAAAUUCGUUCGAAAGGACUCUUUAACAAGCCACUGGAAUACAGGCCGGGUGAUAACUAUGAGAUAGACAAUAUGCCUCGACAUGAGCGACCUUCACGCGACGUGUACGAUGGACUGCAAAAUCGACAACCCACCUACAUGACGGGAUACACGGGAUACGUUCCGGGGAUGAACUUUGCAUACGGUAAAUCAUACGGUCGCACAGCUGAUGACUGUAUGGCGGAUUUCUCUCGUAACCAACGACAACUAAAACGUAAGGCAGACCUGAACAAAAGCUAUGUGCGUUCAAGAAGCGCGCCUAAAAUGGAAACGAUUCACUCAAGAGACGAGAUCAGACGCGAUUUAAGUAGAUUCAGGGAGAUCAACAAGUAUAAAGAAAACACAAUAUCACCAGAAUUUCCGCCUAUAGCUGGCUACACUGGACACAUACCUCGCAUCAAGGGUUCGGAAGCGUCGCUCAGCCAACGAUAUCAUUGCGCAGCAAAACGAGGAUUGGAACUAAUUCAAAUUGAGCGGGAAAAUCGAAAAGAACUACAGAACGCAGACGCUAAUAUUCGCGCCAUUUUGAAACCGAACGAUAAAAAGUAUUCGUAUUGGAAUUGGGGAUAGCAUACGGGUAGAAGAAUGUUCUUUACCAAAUGUAGAUAAAUGAACAUUCUUCUUUAAAAGCAGAAUACAGUAUUGCGAAAAGUAAAAAUGAUAUUAUUUACCAAGAACAGUAUUUCUCAUUGUGAGCGUAUUGUAAGCGUUAAUAUGGGCAAUAAUAAGAUGAUAUUUGAAACAUUGUUUAAAGGUUUCAUAACACAAUUCAGUGUUAUCGAAUAUUAUGCGAGAAACAAAAAUAUACAUAUGCUCUUAUUUAUUCCCCACAAGUAAUAACCAUUAUAUGUAGUGUAUUAAGGUAACAUAAACGUAUUUAUGACAAGUCUGUUUUUAUAGACAUGCUCCAUCCGUCCUCUCAAUUUCUACAUGCACUCCGUAUAAAUUCAAUUGUUCUGAAUUUAAGAAAAUGAAAUUAAUGCAUCGGUAAUUUAAACGAAUCCGUCAAAACUGGCUCACAGAUUAAUAAGAUCACUUUAUAAAUAUUGUAACGUUUAAAAUGCAUCAAGUUGAAGUCAACUAAAACUUUUUUUAAAAGUAUACUAACAAUAAAACACAAUAUAUCGCAGCGCGAGGAAAUAAAAACAACUCGGCGCAAUUAGCAGAUAGUGAAACAUGAAUUAAUAUAAGCAUUGUAAGUCACAAAACCAUACCUAAGCGUGACUUACGUGGAAAGCGUUGAAGUUUUAAUUAUAUGUGAUUAUUUUCAAGCAUUCCAAGAGUAUAUCAAAAUGUAUACUCUUUUUGCCAAUGCACAAAAACACAACUGGUGCAAUCAUUAUUUACUUCGCGUAAAUAUUUACUCUUGUGCUCGGUUUUCUUUACACCGUUUUCAGACUUUGGAAGAAUUAAAAGAUGUUUUA